AUGAGGCUUAGUUGGGACAAUGCUGGUGAUAUCAUAGUAACUGGGGACAACGCUGGUGAUAUCAUUGUAACUGGGGACAAUGCUGGUGGUAUCAUAGUACAUUGGGACAAUGCUGGUGAUAUGCGGGGUUAUGGGGACAAUAUUGGUGAUAUUAUAAUUAUAGUUAGAGGGGAAUAUGCUGAGGAUGACAAUGCUGGUGAUAAAAGUGUGAUUGAUGACAAUACUGAUAAUGAAGUCCAAGAAAAAUAUACAUAUGGUCAAUCAGCUUUCGACACGUACGACAAAUCAUGUACAAAUUGCAACGAUGACGGAAAUGCUAAAAAGACAUGUGGGUUUUAUCACAUAGAGGCAUCUGGAAAUGAAAAAAAAAAUGUAACCUUCAGAGUUGUAUUGACUCAUACACCGACCAAUUUAAAAUGGGUAGUAAACUCAAGUAAUGUUUAUACAGUAAAAGUUGCUAUCGAUGUUACAUGUGACAGCGUAAAUCCUUUGAUACAAUCUGAUGUGACAUGUAUAUGUCAAAACGCACCGGGAACAGAUAUAGACUGGUUGAUUGACGAUACGUUUAAUUCAAAUUGUGUAUUGUCUACUAUAUGCGCACCCCAAUACAGUGGAUACAGUUACUCAAUGAACACGACUGAAAACGUUUAUAAGAUGACUAUCAAUUCAUAUGAUUAUAGUAAUUGUACAAAAAUAACAUGUAAAGAUACAAGCGAUGGUAGCAUUAUGCAGUCGAUUAUCCCUUCGUCUUUAGUAUUUGAUACGACCUUCCCAACAUCAAUGACAGAGCCAGGAUCGAACAAUAGCAACGGUAUUAUUUCUGUAAAAACUGGUUGUAUUUCUGGUUACUUGGACGUGCAGUAUGAUUGGUAUAUCAUUGUUGGUGGAUUGGAAGAAAGAUAUGUUAUAUAUGAUACAAACAUUAUCGACACGAUAGACAACUCUUCUUGUAUUAAUUGCGACACUGAUGUGAACGGACAGAGAACAAUUGGAUUUGAGCAUAUUGAGGCAUCAGGGUCUGGAACUAAAACCGGUCUUUUUAAGGUGUCCUUGUAUCAUGUCUCGACAAAUCUUCAACUUAAUUUAACAUCAAGAUUUUUUUACACAGUAACAGUAAGACCGAGUCAGUCGGAAAACCGGUUUGAAGAAAUCGAUUUGUGUGUCAUCAUCAUACCUUCUUGCGUUGCUUGUUUGAUGCUAUUAUCUUAUAUACCUGCAGUUGUUAUUUAUUUCAAUCAACAAUUAUCAAAUAAAUUACAUAAAGUCCUGAACUAUAAGAACUGCAGAUUGUUCAUACCAUUUUUUGGACUUUACCUUAUCAUCAAAUACUGCAAAUUAGAUAAAGGAUCUGCUCAAGAAUUCAGUACCGUUAACGUUGAAAAGACAAGCAUAAAAGUUCGUUGGAAGAGAUAUGACAGAAACCCAUCUUCAGAUAAAAUUUACUAUUUGAAAAUUUCAACAUGUUCAAACAUUAACCUAAUUUUAAUUUCCGACAGUGGAAGAACUACUUUCUCUUACACAUUUUCAAAUUUACAGGAUUCCACUGUUUAUGAUAUUGAACUGAAUUGUUCAGACAAAGCAGACCAAAACAAUGUUUUUAAGAGAUACAAAUCAUUAAAAGUAAGGACAAAAGGUGUUCCGGAUGCUCCAAGCGAGUUUCGAGUAGACGGAAACGAUAUUACAGAAUCAAGUAUACGAGUACGAUGGGAACCAGGAGAUGACGGUGGAAAUAGGCAAACGUUUGUUUUAACUUGCUCGACCAAAGAUAGAAAUAUAGAAAAUAUAGAAAUUGAACACAAUGGUGAAAUGGAGAUGUCUUAUCAGUUGGAAAAUUUAUCUGAAGGAACUUACUACGACUUAGGGCUGCGUGGUAAAAGUAUUGAGGGAUUAUGUACUCGAAUUCAGUCAUUGAAAAAGAGGACACUUGGCAAGCCAGACCCACCUACAAACUUAAGGGCUUUAAAUGUUACGGAAAAAGGCAUGGAAGUAAAAUGGAAUGCAGGUUCAAAUGGUGGAUACUCGCAAUCCUUUAAAUUGGUUGUUUUGAAUAAUGAAGAACAAGACAACCAUGACACAAAUGGAAAAUCUGAUAAUCAUUUGACAUUGAAAAAUCUUUCACCAUCGACUGACUAUAUACUUAUGUUGUUCUCUACAAAUACAAGAGGAAUCGUUCAGUGUAUAGAGCCAUUACAUGUUAGAACUAAAGGUAAACCUGGUCAGCCAAAAAUUCUCAGGUUCGAAAACAAUGACAUCACAGCCACCAGUAUCACGGUACGAUGGGAUCCUGGGUCAGAUGAGGGAUAUAAGCAAACAUUUGUCGUGACUAUCUUUGGCAAAGGAAUAUCACCAACUUGUGAUGAAAUUCAAGACAGUGGUCGCAAAGCAUCUUGGCUCAAACGGUGGACACAGUUAUCGAAAGCCACGUAUUAUGACAUUACUAUUUAUGCCAAAAACAAAGUAGGGCGAUCGGAAUCGCUAAAUCUUUCUAUCAAGACUUUAGUAAGCAAACCAGACCCACCAACUGAGUUUGUAGAAGAUGGCGUUACAGAAACCAGUAUCACAGUGAAGUGGGAACCAGGUCAUGACGGUGGAUGCAAACAAUCAUUUUACGUUUUCAUUAACGAAAACGAAUACGAAGCAAAAGAAAAUGAUGCAUACACGUUUGAAUCGUUAACACCAAAUACUUUCUACAAUAUUGCUCUGAAGGCAAAAAAUAAAGAGGGGGAGGUUUACGCCUCAUCUUAUCUUCAUAUUAGAACACAUGGUCGACCUGAUACACCGAAAUAUUUUGAAAUAGUGGACAGAACAAAUUCAACAAUAACAAUGAAAUGGGAACCAGGUAAUGACGGAGGAUUUUCGCAAAAUUUUAUUUUGAUCAAUUUGAUGGAUAAUCAAAGUCACAAGCAACUAACAGAUCCUAUACAAGACACAGCAGAUCAUAUUAUGCAGCAUACCAUAACUAAUCUUAAAGAUGACUCGGAGUUUAAACUUCAGGUCCAAGCAUAUAACGAAAAAGGGACAUCUUCUUCUAAAUCUGUGAAAGUUAAAACAAGGAAGCCCCGCUUGGCAGAUAAAUAAUUUAACUUUGUAUUAUAUGCGAUCAUUAAUAUUUUCAGUGUAUUUCACUUUUAUAAAUGACAUUAUAUGAACAAGUGUUGUCAUUUUAACAAUUGGUAACAAUCCACAAGUUAAAACAAUUUGAAAUGAUACAUUGUACAAAUAUCUAAAGGAAGUCGUUUACUUUGCAUGAGAAACUUUGCUCUUGUCUUGUGUAACACAGAAAAGUGAUCAUGAGCAUCAAAAUAUUACAGCUUCUUUAAAAAAAACUUAUGUUAAAAAUUUUGUUUUCGGUGCACAUGCUACAAAAAGUGUUGUUUUUUUCAAAAGCGCUAAAAAGUCUCUUAACUAAAGAAUAUGUAUGCAUUCAUUAUACUUUAAAACUACUUGAGGUUUUGUCGGUGGAAAACUUUUUUUCCAAAAAUUGAUAUCUAAGGUUAUUACAUUGUUUACAUAUCAUUUUAUUACAGAACUGUAUCAUAUUUGAUUUGUGUAAAGUGUAACUUUACUGGUCGUGCAUGCAUUCACAUUACAUUUGUGUAAAAGAAAUGUUAUAUUACAAUGUUACUGUUAGACAUGUUAAUUCAUACGUGUACGGAAAAUGUUAUGCAAGAUUGUAUUCUUGUAUUUACAAACAUGGAGGCGUGGUGCUUUUAAUUUCAAUAAAAACAUUUAAAUCUGAUAUUCAAUUAUGAAAAAAAUUAUGAAACAUGUAUUUCGAAGUGUUAUUAACAGUAAAUUAGAUGCCAUAAAAUUCUAGAAUAAUACCUGUAAACAUUUAUCAAAACGAACACAUGUGCAGUAUAAUACGAAAUAUGUUAAUAUUAAAAUCUGUUUGGUGAUUGAUGAAUUUAAGGAUUAGGAAAUGAUAUAUCCGAUGGAAUAUCUUCAUAAACUAAAAAUCAUUAAGAGCGAAAAUUGAUGCAUAUUUUAAAAAUAUGUUUGUCAGUUUUAGAUGUCUUUCAAAUGUUUUUGUCUGUGAUAAUUUAUUAAUGGCUUUAACAAUAUAAGAUCGCCUAAUAAGAUAUAUAAUAUAUGCUCGACUUUUUGCCAUACCUCGCCUCUUUUGCUGUUUAAGAAAGUAAAAGAAAACAGGUGUUAACUAUUAAAAGUAUAUACUAUAACCUAAUUUAAUCGCAAAUUGAGGUGCUUAAAUCAAUAUAUGAUUUAAUCUUAUAUCAUUUAGAACUAAAACAUAUUUCAUCAGAGUAAAUAUGUCAUAAGCAUGUUCAAUGCACUUACGUUUGUAGACGAUUUUAAAAUGCAUAAAUGUAUUUGUAUAUAAUAAAGAGUAAUAUAAUUGUGCGUACUUGAUGUUUGAUAAGCUUAGUGAUUUUAUGACAAGGAACGCACAUAUUAUAAAAAGAAAGCAUUCAAUUUCAUUCAUUUCAGAUACCACACUUUAACAAGAUGUCAUUAAGCUGAAACUCAGUAUAAUGACCAAUC